GGUUGCGGGGUAAUGCUGUCACCAUGGCGGCGCGGUGUGGAUCUGGUUUGGAGUUAUGAUGCCCAGCAAGAAGAAGAAGCGGCUCCACCGCAGUAUUCUGCUGGCCAAGAAGAUCAUCAUUAAAGAUGGAGGCACGCCUCAAGGAAUAGGUGCACCAAGUGUAUACCAUGCUGUGAUAGUAAUAUUUCUGGAAUUCUUUGCUUGGGGUCUUCUGACUGCACCGACACUGGUGGUCUUGCAUGAGACAUUUCCCAAGCAUACGUUUUUGAUGAAUGGCUUAAUUCAGGGAGUUAAGGGAUUAUUGUCAUUCCUGAGUGCGCCACUGAUAGGUGCACUUUCAGAUGUGUGGGGGCGGAAGUCUUUUCUGUUGCUUACUGUCUUUUUCACCUGUGCUCCUAUUCCUUUAAUGAAGAUUAGUCCAUGGUGGUAUUUUGCAGUUAUCUCUGUGUCAGGGGUAUUUGCAGUGACCUUCUCUGUGGUAUUUGCUUAUGUAGCUGACAUAACUCAGGAGCAUGAAAGAAGUAUGGCCUAUGGAUUGGUUUCGGCCACAUUUGCUGCAAGCUUGGUUACCAGCCCAGCCAUUGGUGCAUAUCUCGGUCGAAUUUAUGGGGACAGUCUUGUAGUUAUUCUUGCUACAGCAAUUGCUCUUCUGGAUAUCUGCUUUAUAUUGGUGGCUUUACCGGAAUCUCUCCCUGAAAAAAUGCGACCUGCCUCUUGGGGAGCUCCCAUCUCCUGGGAGCAAGCUGAUCCAUUCGCGUCUCUCAAGAAAGUUGGCCAAGAUUCAACAGUUUUACUGAUCUGUAUUACGGUUUUCCUAUCCUACCUUCCAGAGGCGGGCCAAUAUUCCAGUUUUUUUCUUUACCUCAGACAGGUCAUGAGAUUUUCAUCAGAAAGUGUAACAGCCUUUAUUGCUGUCCUUGGAAUCCUGUCCAUCAUUGCACAAACAGCGGUCCUGAGUUUGCUCAUGCGAUCCAUUGGGAACAAAAACACUAUUCUGUUGGGGUUAGGAUUUCAGAUGUUACAGUUGGCUUGGUAUGGCUUCGGCUCUGAGCCUUGGAUGAUGUGGGCAGCAGGAGCAGUGGCAGCCAUGUCCAGCAUUACUUUCCCAGCAGUGAGUGCACUGGUGUCGAGGAAUGCUGAUCCAGAUCAACAAGGUGUUGUUCAAGGAAUGGUCACAGGAAUUCGAGGGCUGUGUAAUGGCCUGGGCCCUGCACUUUUUGGGUUUAUAUUCUAUAUUUUUCACGUGGAACUAAAUGAAGUACCGGAGAAUGAUGCUGUGGCAUUGGACAGUAUGAAGGCAGAUAGUCGUUCUCAGCAGAGUUCAAUUAUUCCUGGACCACCAUUCUUAUUUGGAGCUUGCUCAGUGCUGUUAGCCUUGCUUGUUGCCUUGUUCAUUCCAGAAUAUAGAAACAUGUCACUAAGACCUACCAACUGGAAGAAACAUAUGAAUAGCCACAGUCAUCCACAUAGUCCACAGGUUCCUGCUGAUGCUAAAGAACCUUUACUUCAGGACACAAGUGUAUGACCACAUGAUGUACUUCAGUACCCACAGUGACUUCUGAUGAACACUGAAAACAAACUGUAUUGGCUACAGUCUUUAAAAAUGAUUGUGGUGCUGACCUAUAAAACAAUCCAGUAUUCUGGGUGUUGCAACUCAGGAUUGUGUUGAUCCCUUCAAGAUUACAAACUUGUUGCAGAAAUGUAGUUAUUGUGAGCUCCACAUAUUGGAAUUGAACAAACUUUCAAGAAACAAAUUUUACAAGUAUUUACUGAAGCUCUGGGAACGUGUUUUGUUGAGGACUUCUGACUCGAUGCUACCACAAGACCCUGUGACAUGGCUGAAAGUGAGUUUUGUUAUGUUAAAGUUAUUCAAACUUGCGCUUUAGAAAAGCAAAACUACACAAACGGACGAAUGACAAAGUGAGAUCCAAGACUAGUCAGUCCACACUUCGCGUUGAGGCAUUUCACUGUAUAUGGCUGUAGACUCUUCUGUCCUCCUGGAAUAUGGAGAAUCUGCGCAGCAUCUGUUUUGAACAUUACAGUGGAAGCCAGGGUGAUUAGAUACUUAAGCCUUAAAUAUUGCAGAAACACUUGAACGCAAGUUGAAAACUGGUUGCAGUUUAUCUGCAAGAAAAAUAACACGAGGCAGCAUGAUUAAAUAAAAUCAAAACAUUGCAUGUAGUAUUUCUUUCCACUCUUCACAAAAAUUGUGAUUUUAUUUUUUAAGCUAGCUUUGAAAGUUAAGCUGUUUUAUUCAGCUGCUUCAUCUCCAGUAUCAUGUUGAUGAGAAUCUUUGACCAGGAUUGGUGCUGGAAUGCCUUACUGUUAUAGGCAGUGAAAUGUAUAACUCAUUUCUAAUUUCAUCAGCAAGCUAGUCUAAAAGGCAGUUUGUUUUAAAUGCUAAUAGUUCAAAUGUUUACCAGAUGCACUGUUGACUAUGGGUUUUGCUAUGUAAAUCCAAAUAUUAAAUUUUAAUGCCACCCUUUCUAUGCCUUGAAGUUUUAUUUUCUAUUUUUUUAAUAUCUGUUGUAAUGAAUGGUAUUUAUUUAACUUCAGACUGAGUUGUUGUUAAUUGAACUUUGAGCCUUGAAAAUGACAUUGUUUUGUAUGUUAGAAUGUCUUCUUAAUGUAGUGGCCUUUUUAGCAAUAUGUUCCAUUUUGUGAUAAGUAGAAGUGAAGUUAAUCACUGUUUUAAUUUUGCAAUAUCAGCAGACUUUAAAUGUUUGAGGGUAUUGGAAAUGUUGCUUUUUGUAAAAUAAUGUCAAUACAUUGAUAAAGUAAUUCCUGAAGAAGUACAUUUCAUUCUGUGGUGUUAUUUUGCUUAAUGCCUUGUUUUACUUGAAUCUGAUGACCACAAGAAAUAAUAUCAAUGUAAAUAUGUACUGUAAUAUUUAGUUUUAUUAAACAAAGUAACAAUUAAAAUUGA